AUGGCCAACAUAUUCAAGUCGGAGCGCCUCAUCUACCGUGGCGUCGAGGACCCGGAGGACGACGAACUCAUGGUGCGUCUCGAGUCAGACCCGGAGAACCAGGUCAACUCGGACAUGAACCUGCACAAGCCGCCGAGCCGCAAGUCGGUGCUGUCCGGAUACAAGGUUUGGAUUCUCGAAAAAGCCCUCAUGGCCGCCGUCGUCUGCCUCAAGCCCUCCUCCCCACGACUAGCCCAACCCCAGGGUGAUGAGGAGGAGAGCGACAAGGCGCCGCCGACGCCGAUCGGCAUCAUCCACAUCCGGCGGCAGAACGGCGCGCACACGCGCGACUCGUCUAUUGGGAUCAACAUCUUGCCCGAUUUCCAGCGGCAGGGCUACGGCAGCGAGGCCAUACGGUGGAUGCUGGGGUGGGCGUUCCAGACGGCCGGCCUGCACCGCGUCGGACUCGAUGCCUUUUCGUACAACGAGGGAGCGGUGCGGCUGUAUGAGCGGUUGGGGUUCCAACCCGAGGGGCGGAGGAGGGAGGCGGUGUUCCACAAUGGGCGUUGGCACGAUUGUGUCGCGUUCGGUAUGACUGAAGAUGAGUGGCGCGAGAUGCAGAGGAAGCAUGAAGCCGGGAGAGAGGCGUGA